GUCUUUUUAGGUUGCUAAUGCAAGUUGGAGAUUAUGUUUUUGAGGUAAACUAUGUCGAGAACCCACCUGGACCACAAUUGCAGUGUGAAGAACGUUUGGAAAAUUUCCGGUGUCAACAUAGUUUAUCUACACACCAGAAAACCAAACAUGGUCCAGAAGUAUUGGACAACAAAAAUACUACAAGGAGAAAACUGUACGAAUGCGAUCUGUGUAAGCGUGAAUUUAUCUCUGGAGAACUACUGAAGAAACAUCACAAAUUGGUACACCCGAAAGGCCACAAGUACUUUUGUGGACAUUGUGGAAAAGGCUUCAACCUGAAACGAAAACUGUGUCAUCAUAUACAAAGAAAACAUAUACGCGAUAGCUAUUGUAAAGAAGAAGAGGAAGAAACAAUAACAGAGGAAGUUUUGAUAGAGAUUGUAGCUGAACCUGAAAAGAAACCAGACAAAUUGCCUGAGUUCGAGGAAAUGUUUGAAAUGUACAUUGCAGAUGAUCAAAAUUCCAGCCACAUUUGUGAUGUAUGUGGCAAGGUAUUUUUAUCAUUAACGAAGCUCAGGGAGCACAUGGAUUCGCACAUUUUCCAAUGCGACAUCUGCUAUCAAGCAUUCGAUGCUGUAGAUGAUUUAGCAACUCACAAAAGAUCGCAUAAUGACGAAAAACUAUUGUUUUGUAUGAUAUGUGACCUGCCUUUUAAAGCUAAAGCGCUUCUGAUUAGCCAUAUGAGGGGAUGCAAGAAAGUGACGUCCUAUGAAUGUAAAUUGUGUCCUAGGCUAUUUUUAUCCUCUUCCGACUUGAAAGAACAUUUUUCCGUGCAUAUGGCCGAGGAGCCGUUCGUAUGUGUAAUUUGUGAUAAACGCUUCAAACAGAAAAAACAUCUCACUGAACAUAUGAAAAAAUAUAAGAACGAGACGCCUAGUGAUAAACAAGUAAAACAUAAUAAGCGCCUUAAUUCCGUAUCGGAAGAUUCUCGUUCACGUACGGCUGAGAAACCUUAUGUUUGUUUGAUAUGCGACAUGCGUUUCAAACAAAAAGAUUAUUUCAUUGACCACUUGAAACGACACAAGAGUGAGACACUCAAUGAACCUGAUUUAUCUGAUCGUAUCGAACCGUCCAAGGAAUCUGUCAUAAAAUGCCAUCUCUGCUCGUUAUCCUGCAGUACCGACAAGACACUUAGCAGGCACAUGCAAAUAAUGCACGUACCUCGAGUUUGCGAUAUCUGUGGCAAGGUAUUGAGUUCGAUCCCGAGCCUCAAAACUCAUAAAAAAACUGUACAUUCCGACGAUAAACCGUUUGCUUGCCAAUUCUGCGAUAAGCGAUUCAAGCAGAAAUCUUAUCUUUCUCUCCACUUGAAGACGCACACUGACGACAGGCCUUUCGCUUGCCAAGUGUGCUCUAGGCGAUUCAUCACCAUGUCGAAUUUUAAAAAGCACAAAUGUCGUGGAUCGCCUGACGACGGCAAUGACGGGACAAGCGUAGACGAAAAUGUCGAUAGAGAGUACAAAUGUCCAUUCUGUGCACAAAUGUGCGAUUCCAAAAAGGCGGCUGAAGCACAUAUAGCGAGCGAUCACAAUUACAUUUGCGAGAUAUGCGGCAAAACGUUGACUUGCGUAUCCGGUCUCAAAGGACACAUAAAAGACGUGCACGAAAGGGUGAAGCCCUUCCCGUGUACGUUUUGUCACUAUCGUUUUACCAGCAAAUAUAGACUUACGCGUCAUAUGAGAACCCACACUGGUGAAAGACCUUUUGUCUGUGGAGUGUGCUCCAAAGGUUUUAUUACCAACUCCAAGUUGAAGGAUCAUAAAUGCCGCGGGCCAUCGAAAGAAGUCGAAGGCGUCGUUGCUGAAGUUAUUGAAGCAAAGGAAAUUCAACAACUAGAUUCGGAUUUAUCAAAUUAGUUUUCUAAGGGUUGGGAUAUGUGAAAUAUUUUUGAAUAAAGCUCUCCAGGAAUUUGUGUUUUAUUCAUCAGUACAGGAAUCAAAGAUAGACAAAAUUUGGCAGAAAGCAGAAUCGAAAGUUGCGCCUAUGACACAAACUCGACCAAUGAGAAGGGGUUUCUAAUGUACGAGGGUUGAUUCAAAAAUGAGGUUCCCGGGCACAAGGAAUUUUUUAUUUGAAAAAACGAAUUUAUAAUAAUAAUUAUAUAUAUAUAUACUUAUAUAAUAAUAAAGACAAAACAAGUUGC